AUGUCAUCAAAUUAUGCUAUGACGUCACUGUGAGGUGUCACGUCGCGCGGUCGUGAGGCAGCGGCGGGUGCCAUGGAGCCUGACCGGGCGGCGAGCGCCCAGACUGGGCCGGGAGCCACCGAGACCAAGAUCCAUUUCAAGGUCACCCGGUUCAUCAUGGAGGCAGGGGUGAAGCUGGGCCUGCGCUCCAUCCCUGUGGCCACGGCCUGCACCAUCUACCACAGUUUCUUCAUGGCCACGGUGGCCCCGGGGCCCUACGACCCCUACCUGGUGGCCAUGGCUGCGCUGUACCUGGCCGGGAAGGUGGAGGAGCAGCACCUACGCACUCGGGACAUCAUCAACGUCAGCCACAGGUACUUACACCCCCAGAGCGACCCCCUGGAACUCGACUCCCAUUUCUGGGAGCUGCGGGACAGCAUCGUCCAGUGUGAGCUGCUCAUGCUGCGAGUGCUCGGCUUCCGCGUCUCCUUCCGGCACCCCCACAAGUACCUGCUCCAUUACCUGCUCUCCCUGAGGCGGUGGAUGAACCGACACAGCUGGGAGCGGACCCCCGUCUCGGCGGCAGCCUGGGCACUGCUCCGGGACAGCUACCACGGGGGGCUGUGUGUGCGCUACCUCCCCCAGCACGUGGCGGUGGCCGUGCUGUACCUCGCCCUGCACUGCUAUGGGGUGGAGGUGCCCGCCCAUGCACAGACCCAGAGACCCUGGUGGCAGGUGUUCAGUGACGAUCUCAGCCAAGCUCAGAUUGACCAGAUCGUAUUGGACCUGAUCCAGAUUUACACCUUGGAUGCGGAAAUCUCCUAAUGGGGUCCAGAGAGCG